AUGGAGGACGUGUCCCGCUCCGAGUUCCCCGGCACCGACCCGGCCACGCUGCGCUACUUCCAGGAGGUGUAUCUGCCGGCCUCCCGCGAGAUCUUCUCCACCAUGGGCCAGAGUCCCGAGGCCGUGGCCAAGGUGGGUUCCCCUCCCCUGGCCUGCGGCUCCCUCCCCCGGGCAAGCCCCAUGGACCUGGGGAUCUCCCUGCCCGGGCCUGGCCUCCCGCGGCCGCCCAGGCUCCCUGGCCAGCCCCAGGCCCACCUCCAGGCUGGCAGUGGGGCUGGGGCAGAGGGGCGCCGCUCGGGCUGCGUCGGGUCCCAGGGUGGGGGCGUUUGUGCGGGAUGCCCAGGGCUCCGUUCCCCGUUGCAGGUGGUGACGUGCGGCCCUCUGGAACCACCAGCCCAGCAGGCCAGCGCCACAAAAACCAUCCUGGCCUACGAGACGCUGAAGGGCUCUGGGCACCUCCUGCACAUCGGGGUGGAGACGGAGGAGGUUCAAGUGGGGACCUCGCUGAGCGUCUUCUUCCACACGAAGCAGCAGAGCUCCGACAUCAAGCAGUUCACCAUCCUGCUGCUGAGCAAAGGCAGGAUUGUCCGGGCCUGGACCCAGCCCCGCAGCCUGGGCACCGUCAUGACGGCCUGGACCCUGGAUGUGGGGCCCGAGCUGCUGCCCUCGUUCCGCAUCGUGGCCUAUUACUACCUGCCGGGCAGCGCGGAGCUGGUGGCCGACUCGGUGUGGGUGGAUGUGGCGGACGGCUGCAUGGGCACCCUGCGCGUCGGCCCCCAGAGCAAGGACGACGAGAGGAAGGUGUUCAAGCCCCAGCGGGAACUCAAACUGGAGGUGAUCGGGGACCUCCACGCCAUGGUGGGGCUGGUGGCCAUGGACAAGGCCCUGUUCGCUCUCAACAAGAAAAACAAACUGACGCAGAAGAAGGUCUGGGACACGGUGGAGGGACAUGACAUCGCCUGCACAGCGGGCAGUGGGCAGAACUUCAUGGGGGUGUUCACGGACGCGGGGCUGGACAUGGCCACCAGCCUGGGGCUCUCCACCAAAGCAAGGACAGAUCUGCGCUGCCCCCAGCCGGCUGCCAGGCGCCGGCGCCGGUCCCUGCAGACGCUGCAGAAGAAGCAGCACAAAGUGGACCAGUACCAGACGGUCCUGGAGAGACGGUGCUGCGAGGCCGGGAUCCAGGAGAACCCCAUGGGGCACUCGUGCGAGCAGAGGACGAGCCGCGUGCACCUGGGCCCCCCCUGCGUUGCCGCCUUCCUGGACUGCUGCCGCUACGCCCGGGCGCUGAGCCGCGAGGAGCGCACCAAGCUGCUGCUGGGGAAAACCAACGAGGACGAGGAGUGCGAGGACGAGGACUGCGGUGGCACCGCCGUGGUGAGAAGCUACUUCCCGGAGAGCUGGCUGUGGGAGAAGUUCAACCUGAUCGAGGCAGACUCGCGCCAGCCGGGCCUCGCCAAACACCUGGUCACCAAACACCUCCCCGACUCCAUCACCACCUGGCACAUCCUGGCCGUCAGCCUGAGGAAAGACAAAGGGCUCUGCGUCUCCGAGCCCUACGAGGUGGUGGUGAAGGUCCCGUUCUUCGUCGAUCUGCGGCUGCCCUACUCCGUGGUGCGGAACGAGCAGGUGGAGCUGCGGGCCGUGGUGUACAACUACUACGAGGACGAUGAAGAGCUGCAG